CGAAAAUAGUAACAACGAAGAUCCACGCUCCAGAUGAGAUCGUCCACAUUUAGCACUUUCUUCGCAGUUUAGCAAGCACUGCAUUGCUUCCCUCCUCAAACGUCACCAGGUGCGUUUUGCCUAAACGUCUAACGGCUAUCUCUGCUACAGGAGAUUUCUAUGACGGAGCUUCGACGGCUGAUGUCAGUACCCAUCGAAGGAGUAUUGACACGAUCUGAAGACACCGUGAAAGGGACAUUUUUCGUCUCCUUGGAUGCAGUAUCAACACUCCUCACAUCAGGGUCAGCAGUCACAAGACAAGCGCCAGGACGAUGUUGAUGGCGCACAAAGGAUGCAGUGUCUCGCGGUGUUUUGCAUUCGCCGCUGUUCUCUGCAGUGCCCUUAGGCAGUCACUUUCCGCGUACGUCAUACCGGGAGGCUUCGUGCGGAGGCCCGUGUACAACAUCGCCCACAUGGUGAACACGAUCGAGCAAGUGGACGAAGCCAUGCGCCUGGGAGCCAACUCGAUCGAAGUUGACGCCGCUUUCACCGCCAAUGGCACCGCGACCUGGUUCCACCACGGCGUGCCGUGCGACUGCUUCAGGUGGUGCGACCGCCACGAAGAGAUACCUGCCCUCCUGGACUACGUCCGGAGAACGACCUCCACGGACGAUGGCAUAUACAAGGAGCACCUCACGUUGCUCUUCUUGGAUCUCAAGGUCACGAAUGUGCUUCCGCAGUACAAAUACCACGCUGGAGUUGACAUCGCGGAAAAACUUAUCAGGCACCUGUGGAGCGGAGUCUACGCCGGGAAUGCGAUGAACGUCUUGCUGUCUAUUCGAAGCGUCCGUGAUGGUGAUGUGCUCCGCGGAGCGCUGCAUACCAUAUACCGGAUUAUGCCGCUCAUGCUCUCUAAGAUUGGUGUAGACGUUAGCAACACCGACCAGCCCAUAGACGCUAUACGGGACCUGUACCUGAAGCUCGGCAUAACGGGUCAUCGUUGGCAAGGAGACGGUGCCACGAACUGCGUCUCGUACCUGCGGCCGCCUAGGAGGCUGUACAGCAUCAUCCGCAACCGCCAGUCGCAAGCACCGUACCACUACGUCGAAAAGGCUUACCAGUGGACUGUCGACAUUCCAGAGCAGCUGCGAGGUUCGCUCAGGAAAGGUGUGGACGCCAUCAUCACCAACAGACCGGACCGCCUAGCCGCCAUCUUGGGGGAAGACGAGUUUCGAGACGCGGUUCGAACCGCCACCGUUUACGACAAUCCCUGGACUCGAUUCGACGACCUCACGCACGAACGUUGAUGGAGGAAUGGGACAACUGAAAUACACAGUGUUUAAAUGUG